AUUCAAAUAUAAUAGUUAUAUUUUGUACUAUAUAUUUGAUUAAAUGUACAAAAAAUGUAUACUCUUUGCCCGAUAAAUGUUCAUUAAAUCGAUUAUUAGACAAUCUGUUUGAAUCUCUUACUCCCGAUGACUAUUCUGUGGCCAAUCGAUCGCAAAUCUAUCAAAGAGUUGGACACAUCAAUCAUACUAUUGAUCGGUUUAAUCGUAUGUCGGGUUUUGCCAAAAAUGUCAGCAAAAUAUAUGAACCGAUUGUCAAUAGAUUGACGGCUCGUUUCAGUGAACUAUUGAUGGAAAUUGAUUUACCAAAUGAUUGCAUGUCUUCGUUGAUAAAGUUAGGAUCGGCUGUGAAAGACAAGAAAAAAUGGGCACUAAAUUUUUUACGGACAUUCCCAACGCCUAAAUCUGGUUUAAUACAGGGAAGUACUUCAUCGAUCGGUUAUGAUGAGUGCCUAAGUAUAGAAAGUACUAACGAUAUGAGUGGACAGUCUAUUAGAGGACAGUACUGUUGGGUCGGUAUUGUCAAUAUGGAAGUCAAAGGCGAUACAUAUGAACAGCUAAACAAAGAAAUAAAUUUUAUUAAAUUAAAUGAAAGACUUCGUAAAAUGCACGACAAUUAUGGAACCGAUGACUUCAACCGAACGAUGCGAAUGAAAGCUUUACAAAUUAGCCGAGAAAUGGUCGCCGAUUUUAUUGCAAUUAUGUCUUACGGCAAGACAUUUGACAAUCAUUUACCGAUCGGUAUUUGUUUGCCCAACACAUGUAAAAUACAAGAUAUUGAAUACGCUAUGAAUAAAGUUAUAUAUCCGAUAACACAAAUGCCGGUCGUAUUCUUACCUGAAUGUGAUUCAGUGGACAAACCUAUUAAACCGGAUGUUCAUCAAUGGAUUGCAAUAAUUAUAUUUCUAGUAUUAAUAAUAUUAUCAGUAAAAUCAACAUUAUAUGAGUUGUGGCGCAUAAUGUGGUCAAAAAAACAAAUGAAAGACCAAUUGGGUGUACAAUUGAUGCUAUCGUUUUCAAUGAUAACUAAUUUCAAAAGUUUAUUCAUAAACAGUAAUCCUAACAAUCGGUUUGCUUUUCUGGACGGUCUCCGAACUAUUCUUGCAUUUUGUGUUUUAUUAAUACACACCAAUUGGAUAGACUUUCUGCCAAUACAUGCAAAAACGGCCACCAAUUCGGUCGGAUCCCAAUUGAUAGUGUCGUGGAAAUACAUGUAUAUAACUAAUUAUUAUGUAAUUGAUACGUUUUUCUUGAUUGGAGGAAUGAUGACCUCUUAUGUGAUGUUUUCUAAGUUAGACAAGUCUAAGGGUUCAUUCAAUUACAUACAAUAUGUAGUAUUCAAAUAUUUUCGUGUAGUAACACCAGUAAUGGGCACUGUUUUGCUUUAUUUUAUAUUUCCACUUUUAGGAAAUGGUCCUAAUUGGUUAUUUAUAACGAGUGCAUUAUAUCUCCCGUGUCGUGAUAAUUGGUUUUCUGUAUUAACAAUGAUUAGCAAUUUUAAUGUGUCACCACCUGAAAAAUUUUUGUGUAAUCCUAGCGGUUGGUAUGUUUCUGCUGAGUUUCAAAUAUUUCUGAUAGCACCGGUAGCUUUUCUCGUUCAGUAUCAUUAUCCACGUAUAGCCGUUUGGUGGGGUCUAUUCAUGUCAUUAGGAUUGGGUGGUUAUUUUCUAAUAGCACCAAAAUAUAUAUGGGAUAUGCCACACUUUCUUGAAUUACCAAAUUAUAUUAGUCUAUGGGAUAUGAGUAGAUCUGUGAUUCAACACUAUUGGAAGGCCGAUACACAUAUCUGUACCUAUAUGUUGGGUAUUUUAUGCGGUUAUUUGAUCCGUAAGAAACCCAACCUAUAUCUCGGCGGCCGAAUCGGUGAAACACUGUUAUGGCUGACAACGUGGACAUUGACUAUGGGUUCACUUUAUUGGACAAACCUAUUGUUGCAUAAAUACUAUACGCAUUCAAAUGAAGAAAUAUUUCUAUUUAUUUCAUUAUCUAAAUAUAUGUAUACUAUUGGUUGGUUUUGGGCAUUUUAUGCCUGUGCUACUGAUAGAGCAGAUUUUAUUAACAAAACUCUCGGUUGGAAAGGAUUUACAUUUACCACAAAUUUAGCGCUUGAAAUAUCUUUGUUACACGUAUUUAGUAUGUUAUAUCGCGUUAGUAUUGCACGAAAUCAUGUGGUUUAUACACACUAUUAUGUGUGGACAAUGUCUUUGGCUGAUUAUAUAAUAACUUUGAUAAUUUCGAUACCGUUUUAUUUGCUAAUAAGCGCUCCGACGGCUAAUUUGUUGUCAAUUUUAAAGUCAAGUUUAGAAAGAAAACCAAGAAAUCAACAAAAAGAAGAAAAUAAAAAUCUUUAA